CUGAUGUGUGGGCGCGUGGCUCAGGGUUCGGAGCUCCUCCUGCUCUGGCAAAAGGCGGAGGAGGAGCGAUGGAGCUGACAGACUGUGUACGCUCCGUACGGAGGAGGACUUCAACCUGUUCACGUCUUCUUUAGGUUGUUUUCCACAGAACGUUAAGUGGCCGACCGAGCAGCGCAGGAAGCUGGCACAAGCAGAGAGGAUAAUUGUGUUUCUGGCUAUCCUGUGGGAACAUGGGAUAUAUGACCUCGUCAAUCACCUGUGACGCUCUCCAGUAAACGAUUUCCACGUAGCAGGAUGACUGAAGCAGCUGCAGAAGGUGAGAACGUCCUCCUAGAACCCUGUAAUCUGAAGUCAUGUGAUGCAAUCAGAUGCUCCUCCCCUUUACCAUGUGUGGAGCUCCAUAGCAAUCAGAAGGAGGAGGAGGAGCAGCAGCAGAAAUUCUGGAGCCAGCUCCAACCAAAGAGGAAAGUUAAGCCAAGAGGAAAGUUAGUGCGGAGCAUGGCUGUGUGCGAAGACGAUGGCCAGGUUUCUUUGGACACCAAUGCCAACACAUCACAGAGCCGCCAGGACAGCGAGACAACUUUGGGUAAAGAGGAAGAACCAGAGAAGAGCGCAGAUCCAAAGAAACAUUCUCUGCCUAAAGAGUCCGGCGGGGAGUACACUGACUCAACCGGCAUAGACCUGCACCAGUUUAUCGUGGACACCCUCAACAGUAACCCCAGAGACCGCAUGAUGCUGUUGAAACUGGAGCAGGACAUGAUCGACUUCAUUACCAGCAAUAGUCCUUUUAAGAAGUUCCCUCACAUGUCAUCCUACCAUCGUAUGCUGGUCCACCGGGUGGCAGCCUACUUCGGCAUGGAGCACAACGUGGACCAGACAGGCAAGUCUGUGAUUAUCAACAGGACCAGCAGCACACGCAUACCGGACCAGCGUUUCCUGGAUGAGGUGCAUAAAGACAAGACAGACGAGAUGCAUCACUGGAAAGCCAUUUUGAAGCGAGACAAUAGCUCGGACAGCAAGGCUCGACUUUAUCUCCUACGGGAGAAGCAAAGUAAGUCGAUGGAGGAAAGAGAGGAGGAGUAUCAACGAGCGCGAGACCGAAUCUUCAGCCAAGAGCCGCUCGGCACCCAGGAGAACACGCCUGCAGAAAUCAGGGUUGCAGAGGAGUACAAUCCGUACGCUGAGACGCAGAGGAGGCGGCAGCUCUUCAGAGGGAGCCGCGACAGCUCGGGCUCCAGCUGGACGGGUAGCAGCAGGCAGAGCAGCAUGGAGGCUGACGGUCGUUAUAGCAACGACCCACGUCCCUGGAGCAGCACCGACUCGGAUUCUUCCUACCACUGGACGAACCCGCCCAACGCCAAACCUCGCCAAGCCGCCGCCCACACUUGGGACACUCGAGGUUCAGGUACAGUCACUCCUUUCAGAGUGUCCUCCACGUGUCCACACCCGCCUAUCCCUCCCAUCCUGGAAGAAGCCGGAUCCAAAUUCUGCUACAUCAUGGGCAACGGGAUUCCUCCAGGACAGCAUAUUGGGCAGCCUUUCCUUAAUCCAGACGGAACUCCUGCUGUGUACAACCCACCGGACAGUCAGCAGCCAAUCAGGAGCCAGGCUCAGCAGCAGGUAGCGUGCCACACACACACACAGUCCCAGGUGGUUCAGUGCUCCUCGGUGUCUUACGCGGCUCCGCAGGUGUUACCGGUCGCUCCUUCUCAGCCGUUCACCACAAUUGAAGACCUUUCCUCCCAGUUUGGUCAUGUUACAAUAAGCUGUCAGUCAACUGGUGAGGCCCCGCCUCUCUACCCUUCUGGUCAGGGUUACAUCUGCAACUCCUCCUCUUUCCAACCUUCCAAGCUACUGCCAGCCUCAGGUGCCUGUGUUUACUAUGGUCAGUACCCUACCUCAGCUCAACACCUACAGAGUCAGCAUGGCCGCAGCCAAGCAGCUCAACAGACAGCUGGAUGCGCCCCUGCUGUGGGUAUGCAGCAGUCUUCAUACAGCCAGGCACAAGCCAUGCUGGGGACAUACUCGCCCCUGGCCUCUCAUCACUGUAGCAUGGUGCAGGGAGGGAUGAUGGCAUCCUAUCCUCAAAGUAAACUUCUCACCGGUGGGGGAGAGGCAGCUUACUGCUGCAUGGUGCCCCCACCCCACGCCAGCUCCCAUCCUCCCGGCUGUACCAACCUCAGCGCCCCAGCCUGGAGCGCCACAGUACUGAUGCACACAACGACCACAGAGGGACUGACGACACUUUUUCUUGUGUGAAUUUACUUGCAUAUGCACAUUUGUCGAAGAUACCCCCCC